AUGGGGGUGGUGAUUUGGCUACUUGGUGUGGUGCUAACACUUGGAGCUGUAGUAGUUGGCCCCGCUGAUGGCGCCAAGAAUCACCACUACGAUUUCUCGAUUAAGGAGGCUAACUACACGAGGCUCUGCCACGAGAAGGCCAUCCUAACCGUGAACGGCCAGUUCCCCGGCCCCACCAUCUUCGCGCGUAAGGGCGAUGUAGUCGUCGUCAACGUCUACAACCAAGGCAAUAAAAACAUUACAAUCCACUGGCAUGGCGUGGACCAACCUCGGAAUCCGUGGUACGACGGGCCGGAGUACAUAACGCAGUGUCCCAUCCAGCCCGGCGCCAACCUCACCUACACAAUCAUUCUAUCCGAGGAAGAGGGUACGCUCUGGUGGCAUGCACACAGCGACUAUGACCGCACCACCAUCCAUGGCGCCAUCGUCAUCCACCCCAAGCUCGGCACCACCUUCCCUUUCAAGAAGCCGCACAAGGAGAUACCUGUCAUCCUUAGUGAAUGGUGGAAUGCCGACGUCAACUUGCUGCUUGAGGAGGCUAGGAGGACUGGCGGCGAGGUCAGUAUUUCAGAUGCUAACACCAUCAACGGCCAACCAGGAGACCUCUUCCCCUGUUCACGGGAGGGUACCUUCAAGGCAUCUGUGAAGAGCGGCAAGACAUACUUGCUCCGAAUAAUCAACGCGGGGCUCGCCAACGAUCUCUUCUUUGGCGUCGCAGGGCAUCGCCUCACCGUGGUUGGCACCGAUGCCCGCUACACCAAGCCGUUCACCGUCGAUCACAUAUUCAUCUCGCCGGGACAGACUGUGGAUGCGCUCCUCGAGGCUGACCGCAGCACAGAUGGUUCAUCCAAUGGCAGGUACUAUAUGGUGGCCCGGACGUUCGCGUCGAACACUAAUAUCGGAUUCAACAACAGCACCGCCACGGCCAUCUUGGAGUACGCAGAUGCGCGGGCUGGGACGCCAGACUUUCGUAACCUUCCGGCCAUCAACAAUCUCAAUGCAUCGCUAGAGUACACGGCGCUGCUGCGGUCCCUAGGCAGCAACGAACACCCGGUGGACGUGCCAACACACGUCGAUGAGCACAUGCUUAUCACCCUCGCCGUGAACGUGGUCCCCUGCGAAAUGGGCAACAGAACAUGUGAGGGACCAGAGCGCCACCGCCUCGCGGCGAGCCUCAACAACAUCAGUUUCCACCUCCCCUCCGUCGAUAUCCUCGACGCCUACUAUGGUGCUGUCCGGGGUGUAUACGAGGCGGACUUCCCCAACAAGCCUCCAUUCGCCUUCAACUUCACCGACGAUAUCUCUAACCUUCCCACAGAACGCUGGUUCACGAAGCGUGGCACCAAGGUGAAGGUUUUGGAGUAUGGCACUGUCGUCGAGGUGGUGUUUCAGGACACUGCCAUCCUCGGCGCGGAGAACCACCCCAUGCACCUGCAUGGGUUUGCCUUCUAUGUUGUAGGGAGGGGGGUCGGAAACUUCAACGAGACCAUGGACCCAGCUGCAUAUAACUUGAUCGACCCGCCGUUCCAGAACACCGUUACUGUGCCGAAGGCUGGUUGGGCUGCAAUUCGCUUCCGAGCAGCAAAUCCUGGUGUGUGGUUUAUGCAUUGUCACUUUGAGCGCCAUUCGGAGUGGGGAAUGGACACUGUGUUCAUCGUGAAGGAUGGCAAAGCUCUGCAAUCUAAAAUGAUGCGUCGUCCUCCAGGCAUGCCUAGGUGUUAA